ACCAGCUGCUGUAACGUUAGAUUUCAUAAGGCUCUGCGAUCUCGCUCUCCCACUUCUUUCAACUUCCCUUUUCGCAUUGUACGAAGGAUGAUGACAGAUCGUAUGACUGGAAUUCACAAUCCGCCUGCGUAUCAGGGUGGCCAACCAAUCACACGCCAGCAUUUAUACCAAAUUUAUUGAAAUAUGUCUGUCUCCAAAAUAACAAAAGAGAGUAUUUACAUUUUUUUUUUUUUUAUCUUUAAGCUAGUGAGCUAAAAGCAGGGAUUGCGGUUCAAGGUUAAUGCCACUGACUCAAAGCAAUAAAUACAUUAGACAAUGUGUUUUAUUUUGGACAAGUUAGUCAUUCACAUGGUCUCCCCAUUGGUUAUCACAAUCUUUGAUUCGCUUGAAAGGUAUUUUAAACCAAACUACAGUAUUAAGUUGAAUUGCUGAACUAUGUUGCUAGGCAACGGUACUUAAACAGGUGCACAGCUCUGCGUCCGAGCACGACAGAAACCCGUUUGGCCUUAAAAACUUCCCAUACCUAGUUAGAGACAAACUUUACAGACAAACGUUACAAAGGCUACAUCUAAAUUCAUUAUGACUGACAUUAACACGUCUAGCGAAGUGAAAUGUACUGACAGAAUCCGAAAUAUACCGAAGGCCGGGAAACUAAUACCUCCAGGAGACAGUGUCAAAAUCUGCUUACGAGAAGUGGAAAGACCCACGACUCCACCGGUGGUGAGGAAAUUCCGCAAUAGCAACCAGCCCGGACCAGGAACUAUCAGAGUCCACAUAGGGAAGGCAAAUGACCCAGAUGUUGGCAGCACUCUUGUUCAUGGUGUCAUCACCAAAGCACCCCUCACUGGUGAAAGCUGGCUAAAUCCAUCCCCAAAGACCUUGUUCCAGCAGAAGUUACAAGAGCUAAGUGAAUCUGUAUAUGCCUCAAAUAAGAAGGCUCCUCUAGGCAGAUCAUGUGUCCAACGUUCUGAACUCCCCCCAUUGUGUAAUGAGAAAACUACAUUUGGCAUAAAAACAGUAAAAGGUUUGGGUGUGCGUGACAUUAUAAACCCUGCAAAAACAGCACAGGAGAUAGAGAGGGAAGCUGGGGUGGCACAUGAUGCUUACAUCCGUAGCCAUAAUGCCUAUUUUGUUGGUGAACAAAUUAAUAGAAAUUAUGACUGGACUCGUUACAGUAAAGACAGCAGGUUUGGGAUCCUCACACCUCAUUUCAACGAUGGCCGUAAUCUUGGCAAAACCCUUCAUUGGCUGGGUGAAUCACAGAAGUUUUACAAUCCAGCUGCUUGGAAGAGAUCUGGGAACAGAGAGAAGAUAGCACAACAAAUGGGCAAAACCAUCGUCAAGAGAGAAAAAACAUUGCCCGUUCCGCCUGAUCACACGUUUGGAAUGGUCUUACCACCGGAUGAUUUUGGCAUUGGAGAGCUGAUCUACUCCACAGAUCCACGGCAGUACGCGAGAGGCCCAGACAGACAGCGCAGCCUGGUGAAUGCAGUGAGGCAUCACCUCAAGAAGGUCAACUUUGAAAACCUCCCCUCCUUGCUAAAGGCAUUCAGACAUUAUGACAAGCGUCAAACCAGCUCAGCUCCAGGUGACAUAGAAAGAGUGACAGCACAGCUUCCUGCCUGUCGGUUGGUUGAUCUUGAGGACUUGCAGCCUGUUGAGCCAGGCAGCUCACUGAAAACUCUUAGAAGCCUUAGGCAGACAAGGGCAGCCCCAGACCACUUCAGAACUACCUCCUCCCUCAUCGGGGCUGCAGGUGCUGGUCCUUUCCCAUCAGAUGGACGUACAUACGGGAUCCCAUCUGUGCGCUCAGAUCUUCCAGCUCCUCGCAUUAAAAGAGUCAGUGACAGAAACAAUUAUGGCGAUACAUCCACAGCUGGAGAUCUUCUACAUCCAUCAGUUCAUGCCCUGCAAGGUGUUUAUGAGGAACAUUUCUUCUGUCCUCGCAGCAAGGAGGAGAUUGCAACGAUCUUCAGGAAUGCUGGUGUGAAUAUUUCGGAGAAGACGUUUGAGGAAGCCUGGGAACUCGCGUCAAUGAAGCAACCGACCAGGGAGGUUUGUGUGGAGAAUUUCCGCAACGUUCUCAGGGAAAUAAAAGCAAUGUAAUACCGAA